UCUCCUCGAGUCCUCUUCCGGUCCCGACGAAUUCCUAAAACCGCUCCACCCCUCGCUCUCAUGGUCAUGGAGGCUCUUGUCUGCCGGAACCUCGGAGACCCGACCGUCCCUCUCUCCGAUGCCUCCCCGAUCUCCGUCUCGGGAUCCCACCCCGUCCCUGAGCUCACCUCCCCGACCACCGUGAGGGUUCGGAUCCGGGCGACGAGCCUCAACUACGCCAACUACCUCUCGAUACUCGGGAAGUACCAGGAGAAGCCCCCACUCCCCUUCAUCCCUGGAUCCGACUACUCCGGCAUCGUCGAAUCCGUCGGAGAUCGCGUCUCCAGGUUCAAGGUUGGCGAUAAAGUUUGCUCCUUUGCCUCCCUCGGGUCUUUCGCCGAGUUCAUUGUGGCCGACGAGAAGGAUUUAUUUUUAGUGCCUGAUGGAUGCGACCUGGUGGCGGCCGGUGCUCUACCUGUUGCAUUUGGUACUUCACAUGUAGCACUUGUGCAUAGGGCACAGCUGAAACCUGGUCAGGUAUUGCUUGUUCUUGGUGCAGCUGGUGGUGUUGGACUCUCAGCUGUACAGAUAGGAAAAGUUUGUGGUGCAGUGGUUGUUGCUGUUGCUAGGGGAGACGCAAAGGUUCGUUUUCUCCAAUCGAUGGGUGUUGAUCAUGUUGUUGAUCUGGGCAAGGGUAAUGUUAUAGAAAGUGUGAAGCAUUUCCUCAAGGCAAGAGGUCUAAAGGGCGUUGAUGUUCUAUAUGACCCAGUUGGGGGCAAACUUAUGAAGGAAAGCAUGAAGCUUUUAAACUGGGGAGCACAUAUUCUGGUCAUUGGAUUUGCAAGUGGUGAAGUUCCAGUUAUCCCAGCUAAUAUUGCUCUUGUUAAGAACUGGACGGUUCAUGGACUCUAUUGGGGUAGCUACAAAAUACAUCAACCCCAUGUCCUUGAAGACUCUCUCAUGCAACUGCUCUCCUGGCUAUCGAAGGGCCUGAUAACCAUCCACAUCUCUCAUACCUAUAGUCUGUCAGAGGCUAAUCUUGCUUUUGCUGCUAUCAAAGAAAGAAAGGCCAUUGGUAAAGUGAUGCUCGUCAUUGAGAACUCCUCUGCAGGAAGAUCAAAGCUUUGAUGUCCACUUCAUGAAUCAUAGGCAAUGGUCAUGAAGCUUUCUUGCUUGGAACCAUGCUUAAUUAUAUUUGUCCAACUGAUAAUUAGUAAUGUAAAUGAGAAUCAAGACUCAAGAUGGUGGCUUAAAACAUUAUGGGAGAAGCAGAAGCCACCGGUGAGAAAUGGACCUCCGUAUAUAUAUUAAACGCUAUAAAUCAACAAAAAGGAGUUGUUGACUUGGUGGCCUUCCCUACCUUUUCCCUAGAAAUAAAAAAUAAUAUGGAUAAGAGGCAUGUUUAUCUUUGA